AUGUAUUUGCUGAGACGACUCUCCACGCUCUCUUGUGGGGGUAAGUUCGGUGAGUCCGGUGGUGAGGGUGAGUCGGGUGAGUGUGAGUCCCCUGAGUCAGAUGGGGGCGACAUAUGGUUGCCCUCAACUUAUGUAACCCAAUUCCGGGGAGAUUAUUGGUCUGAGAAGCAAAAGGAAUACGAACUUUUUGUUGGAUUGAAAAGAGACAUAGAUGGGAUGAAAGCAGGUAGAGAGAUUCAUUAUCGACAUUCUCAGAUUCGUCAUUAUCAUCAUUAUCAAGCCACAGAUGAAGAUUGGAUCAAUCCAUUGAUGGAAGCCAUCCAAACUCUAGCUACUUUGAAGGAAUCUGGACAAGGAAGAGAACUGAUGAUGUGA